AUGGGCCCCUGUACCGCCUCCUCAUGCUGCUGCCAGGCCCGUAAUCUGCCAUGGGCCCCCGUACCGCCUCCUCAUGCUGCUGCCAGGCCCGUAAUCUGCCAUGGGCCCCUGUACCGCCUCCUCAUGCUGCUGCCAGGUCCAAAGUGUCUCAUGGGUCCCUGUACGGCCUCCCAUUGCUGCUGUCUCCAUCACCACACUCUGCCAUGUGCCACUUUCAGGUCUCCUCACACUGCUGGUGGGUUCCAUUUUUGUCAUAGGGUGCUGUAUGGCCUCCCAUUGCUGCUGCCUCCACCGCCACACUGUGGCUCCACACUCUGGUUUUGGCCCCGUGACUGCCCAAAUGAGUGAAGUGUGCGGUGAUUCUAAGAUCGACGGCACUCAUCUGCAUGUCAUACUGACUGACAGUAUUAUUUCUCUUCCCCAGCAGACUCCAAGGGCAUUUAAAUUAAAGGUACAGUGUUCUGCACUAUUAUAA